AGGAUAAAAUUGUCUAUAAAGACGACUUCCCCCCUCUCUGUACUCUAUACUCUUCCCCCCCUUCUCCCUGUUUCAAGAUGCUCUGUUUUUUCUCUGUUUCAGAGAGAUCAUAACCUUAAAAAAAAACACUCGUUAAUGGCAGAAUUAUAAACCAAAACCCUACUCAUCUUCAUAAAAUCUUAAUCUCUUUUGAUCGAUACAUAAAACCCAUAUCUUAGAGAGACCUCUCGAACAAUCUCAUUUCAAGAAUCAUCUUUCAUUGGAUGAUCAUUGUCCAUUCUUUCUACAUACAGAUAGAAAUUUACAGGAAACAAAUUUGAUUCGUGGGUGAUUUUACUGUGUUUUCCACCAAUGGAUAAAGGGAAAGCUAAAAUGGUUGAAGACGAGAAAGAAAAGGAGGAGGAAGAAGUUCCAAUGGAUGUUGAUGGUGAUGAAUCAAAACAGUGUAAUGAAGAGAUUGGAGUUCAGAGUAGUAAUCAAAGUGCAUUAGAUACAAUGAAUUCUUUGCAGAGUUCUUUACCAACUACGAAAGGAACUGCAACCUCAGAUGAAGCAAACCCAAGGAAACGCAAACCUGGUAUACCUAACUUUUUCAAGUGUGGUGAGAAGUCUUUGAAGACAAGUAGUGGUGAAGGACGAAGAACAGAGAUGUAUAAAAGAACAGUACCUCCAAUGACAGAUGCAAGCAGUCCCAAAGGCAACACUGAGAAUACGGAUUCGUCAGCAACUCUUGUUCAGGAUCGUGCACCAAAGCCUCCACCAGGGAAGUCGAGGUUCAGUCACGAGUCAUCAUCUUCGUCUCCUAAGCCACCUUCUUGUGCAUCUUUCACUAGUCAUUUGUUCGCAGAUCCAUCUAGAGCAGUUGGCGCUGGAAAAGGCAAUAGUAGGCUUGACAACUCUUCUACACGGGAACAUGUAUCUGGAUAUACAGUUGUCAAAAGAGGGCGGUUCACGAUGACAUCUUGGCUAUCGUGUUUUCAGCCUUCAACUGCUAGUGGUGACAAUGAUCGUAACAGAAGGCCUAACAGCUCUUCUACAAAUGCACAGUCUACAAAUACUGCUGCUGAUGGUGCCAGUGAUCGUAAUAUAAGGCUUAACAACACUUCUCCAGAUUUGUCCUCUGCAGUUGCUGGUGAUGAUGCUGAUCGUGAUAGAAGGCCUGACAGUUCUUCAAGCUCGAGUAACAAAGAAGGGGACGGUGCACCACAGAAGUAGCUAGCUGCCGCUACUCUAUUUUAGCUUCACAUUUAUUUCUCCCACUGCUAGUUCUUGGUUAUCAAGCUAACUGUGAUGGAUUGGUCCCUUAUAUGAUGUUGAACUCUCUCUCUGCCUCUAGGAUAUAAGAUAGAAAUACAACACUUUUUUGAGAUUCAUACUUUUCUAGCUCAAAUGAAAGAACUGAUACUUCCAUUUUUCAAUUUCAAUUGAUUUACUUGUUCAGUAAAUAGUCGACGAUUGUCAACCUGCACAAAGUUGUUUAAGUAGAGCUUUAUUGAAUGAAUUUUUGUUAGAGAAUGAAAUACAAGCUAGUUCACAUACUCUGGGGUACUUCAAUGGAUGUCAGAAAUCUACUAUACAGUAUUUUGCAACAGAUUGUAUGUGUUGGACUAAGCCGUAAGAUUGAACUAAGCCGCCUGUAACACCUGCUGCCCUGAAACACCCAUGUUGAACUCAACUGGCUAAAGACUGGUUGACAAACUCUUGCAAGACUGAACCAGGUUACAGGAAACCCCAGUGUUGGAAUUGCCUCAAAUUCUACUUAUCUGUCUAUGAAUCUCCUGUAGAAAAAUGGUGGAGCCUCAAAUUAUAAGAUGAACACCAAACACUGACUAUGAUUGCUUGAGACAAUUAAGCUCAUGUUUCCCCCGAGACCUGACAUUACGAAAUCAAUCAUCCUUUCUGCACUUAACUAGGUCCCCGAAACACCACCACCAAUGCUGGAAUUGCCUAAAGUUUAAUGUAUGUGUCAUUCUCCGAUUAUGCAUCUCCAAGUUCCCUGCAGAGAAAUGCUGGAGUCUUGGACUUCAUGCGCUGCAGACUUCAUCACUAUGAUGCACUUCCUAUACAUUUUCCGCAGGUAAAUGCGGAUCCUCAGCCUUUGUCCCUGUCAAGCAAUUAUACAUAAUCAGUGUAGGAGUUCACCAUCUUGUUGUGGUUUAGGCUUGUGUUUUCAAUUUCCUGUAAGCAUUCAGUUUUGUUUUCCUGGUUGUUUUAGUCAUUUCGUAUACAAGAUCAAAUGGAAAACACAUUUUCUAUCCACAAGCAUUGGUAUCUUCCUAUACAUUUUCCACAAGCAUCAACACACAACCAAUUUUCGUGUAAAUUAAACCAAAUGGAAACAAGACUAGGACAUAAGUUUAUCGCAUCCGUCAAACUUCCCCCAUUCAAUUCUUCAGAUUUUCUUUUUCUUCGAUUCCAACCUUAAACUCAAUCAGUUUCAUCACAAAACACUUCAAAUUUCUUAACCCCUAAUUCUUAAAUAAACUGGAAUGAACCCAAAUCCAAAUCUCAUAGAAAGUACAUCUCCAUCUCAAAUCUACUAACAAACCCAUCUCUCUAACUCCCAAAUUCCUCACAAAACACAUCACCAUUAACCAAUUCAUCCCCUUCAAUGUCAACAAAAAUUAGACAAAUUUCUCAUCACCAAUGAAAAAUCAACCAUUCCUAUCAAAAUCUUCAGCUCCAUCCUCCUCCCAAGUAUACCCAAACAUGAUGUCUACCCUCCCUUACAAAUGAAGAAGAAGAAGAAACAAAUCAAACCCUGAUAUGACGAAGAAAGGAAGGGUUUUGUGAUGUAACAUGUGAGCACAGAGAAAGGGGUUUCGAAUUUCCUCCAUCGAUUAAUAUUAUCCUGUAUCAAAGAAUGAGCACAGAAAUUAGGGUUUUAGAAUCGAACUUACAGGUUUUAGGGGGGAACUGGUCUUC